CUCAGGCCUGAUGAGCAGGUCUCGAGCCUCCAUCCAUCGGGGGAGCAUCCCCGCGAUGUCCUAUGCCCCCUUCAGAGAUGUACGGGGACCCCCUAUGCACCGAACCCAAUACGUUCAUUCCCCAUAUGAUCGUCCUGGUUGGAACCCUCGGUUCUGCAUCAUCUCGGGGAACCAGCUGCUCAUGCUGGAUGAGGAUGAGAUACACCCCCUUCUGAUCCGCGACCGGAGGAGCGAGUCCAGCCGCAACAAACUGCUGAGACGCACGGUCUCUGUGCCGGUGGAGGGGCGGCCCCACGGCGAGCAUGAAUACCACUUGGGUCGCUCGAGGAGGAAGAGUGUCCCAGGGGGGAAGCAGUACAGCAUGGAGGCCGCCCCCGCAGCGCCCUUCCGGCCCUCGCAAGGCUUCCUGAGCCGGAGGCUAAAAAGCUCUAUCAAACGUACAAAGUCACAACCCAAACUUGACCGGACCAGCAGCUUUCGCCAGAUCCUGCCUCGCUUCCGAAGUGCUGACCAUGACCGGGCCCGGCUGAUGCAAAGCUUUAAGGAGUCCCACUCCCAUGAGUCCUUGCUGAGUCCUAGCAGUGCUGCUGAGGCCUUGGAGCUCAACUUAGAUGAAGACUCCAUCAUCAAGCCGGUGCACAGCUCCAUCCUGGGCCAGGAGUUCUGCUUUGAGGUAACAACAUCGUCUGGAACAAAGUGCUUUGCCUGUCGUUCUGCAGCCGAAAGGGACAAAUGGAUCGAGAAUCUACAGCGGGCAGUAAAACCCAACAAGGACAACAGCCGCCGCGUAGAUAACGUGUUGAAACUAUGGAUCAUAGAAGCUCGAGAGCUGCCCCCCAAGAAGCGGUAUUACUGCGAGCUGUGCCUGGACGACAUGCUGUAUGCACGUACCACCUCCAAGCCCCGCUCAGCUUCAGGAGACACUGUCUUCUGGGGCGAGCAUUUUGAGUUUAACAACCUGCCGGCUGUCCGGGCCCUGCGGCUGCAUUUAUACCGUGACUCAGACAAAAAACGAAAGAAAGACAAGGCAGGCUAUGUUGGCCUGGUGACUGUACCGGUGGCCACCCUGGCUGGGCGCCACUUUACAGAGCAGUGGUACCCUGUGACCUUGCCAACAGGCAGUGGGGGCUCUGGGGGUAUGGGCUCGGGAGGAGGAGGGGGGUCAGGGGGUGGCUCAGGGGGCAAGGGGAAAGGAGGCUGCCCUGCUGUGAGGCUGAAAGCCCGCUACCAGACAAUGAGCAUCCUGCCCAUGGAGCUGUACAAGGAGUUUGCAGAGUAUGUGACCAACCACUACCGGAUGCUGUGUGCAGUCCUGGAGCCAGCCCUCAAUGUCAAGGGCAAGGAGGAGGUUGCCAGUGCACUGGUUCACAUUCUGCAGAGUACAGGCAAGGCCAAGGACUUCCUUUCAGACAUGGCCAUGUCAGAGGUAGACCGGUUCAUGGAACGGGAACACCUCAUAUUCCGCGAGAACACGCUCGCCACUAAAGCCAUAGAAGAGUAUAUGAGACUGAUUGGUCAGAAAUACCUCAAGGAUGCCAUUGGGGAGUUCAUCCGUGCCCUGUACGAGUCUGAGGAAAACUGUGAAGUGGACCCCAUCAAGUGCACGGCAUCCAGUCUGGCAGAGCACCAGGCCAACCUGCGGAUGUGCUGUGAGUUGGCCCUGUGCAAGGUGGUCAACUCCCAUUGCGUGUUCCCGCGGGAGCUGAAGGAGGUGUUUGCAUCUUGGCGGUUGCGCUGCGCAGAGCGGGGCCGGGAGGACAUUGCCGACAGGCUGAUCAGCGCCUCGCUCUUCCUGCGCUUCCUCUGCCCAGCGAUCAUGUCGCCCAGUCUGUUUGGGCUCAUGCAGGAGUACCCGGACGAGCAGACCUCACGGACCCUCACCCUCAUCGCCAAGGUCAUCCAGAACCUGGCCAACUUUUCCAAGUUUACCUCAAAGGAGGACUUCCUAGGCUUCAUGAACGAGUUUCUGGAACUGGAGUGGGGCUCCAUGCAGCAGUUCUUGUAUGAGAUAUCCAACCUGGACACACUGACCAACAGCAGCAGUUUUGAGGGCUACAUAGACUUGGGCCGCGAGCUCUCCACACUUCAUGCCCUGCUCUGGGAGGUGCUGCCCCAGCUUAGCAAGGAAGCCCUCCUGAAGCUGGGCCCACUGCCCCGGCUCCUCAAUGACAUCAGCACAGCCCUGAGGAACCCUAACAUCCAAAGGCAGCCGAGCCGCCAGAGUGAACGGACUCGGCCUCAGCCCGUGGUGCUGCGAGGGCCAUCAGCCGAGAUGCAGGGCUACAUGAUGCGGGACCUCAAUAGCUCCAUCGACCUUCAGUCCUUCAUGGCUCGAGGCCUCAACAGCUCUAUGGACAUGGCUCGCCUCCCCUCCCCAACCAAGGAAAAGCCACCACCACCACCACCUGGUGGGGGUAAAGACCUGUUCUAUGUGAGCCGGCCACCACUGGCCCGGUCAUCCCCAGCAUAUUGCACAAGCAGCUCGGACAUCACAGAGCCAGAGCAGAAGAUGCUGAGUGUCAACAAGAGCGUAUCCAUGCUGGACCUUCAGGGUGAUGGGCCUGGGGGCCGCCUUAACAGUAGUAGUGUUUCCAACCUGGCAGCUGUUGGGGACCUGCUGCACUCAAGCCAGGCCUCACUGACAGCAGCCUUAGGGCUGCGGCCUGCACCUGCAGGGCGCCUCUCCCAAGGGAGUGGCUCUUCCAUCACAGCAGCCGGCAUGCGCCUUAGCCAGAUGGGUGUCACCACGGAUGGUGUCCCUGCCCAGCAACUGCGCAUUCCCCUCUCCUUCCAGAACCCUCUCUUCCACAUGGCUGCUGAUGGGCCAGGGCCCCCAGGGGGCCACGGAGGGGGCAGUGGUCAUGGUCCACCUUCCUCACAUCACCAUCACCACCACCAUCACCACCAUCGGGGUGGAGAGCCCCCAGGAGACACCUUUGCCCCAUUCCAUGGCUAUAGCAAGAGCGAGGACCUCUCUUCAGGGGUCCCUAAGCCCCCCGCUGCCUCCAUCCUUCACAGCCACAGCUACAGUGAUGAGUUUGGACCCUCUGGUACUGACUUCACCCGUCGGCAGCUCUCACUUCAGGACAACCUCCAGCACAUGCUGUCCCCUCCCCAGAUCACCAUCGGUCCCCAGAGGCCAGCUCCCUCAGGGCCCGGAGGUGGGAGUGGUGGGGGCAGUGGUGGGGGCGGUGGGGGCCAGCCGCCUCCCUUGCAGAGGGGCAAGUCUCAGCAGUUGACAGUGAGUGCUGCCCAGAAACCCCGGCCAUCCAGCGGGAACCUACUGCAGUCCCCGGAGCCAAGUUAUGGUCCUGCCCGUCCUCGGCAACAGAGCCUCAGCAAAGAGGGCAGCAUUGGGGGCAGCGGGGGCAGCGGUGGCGGAGGGGGUGGGGGGCUCAAGCCCUCCAUCACGAAGCAGCAUUCCCAGACUCCAUCCACGCUGAACCCCACAAUGCCGGCUUCAGAGCGGACGGUCGCCUGGGUCUCCAAUAUGCCCCACCUGUCAGCUGAUAUCGAGAGUGCACACAUCGAGCGGGAAGAGUACAAGCUCAAGGAGUACUCGAAAUCAAUGGAUGAGAGCCGCCUGGACAGGGUGAAGGAGUACGAGGAGGAGAUCCACUCACUGAAGGAGCGGCUACACAUGUCCAACCGGAAGCUGGAGGAGUAUGAGCGGAGGCUGCUGUCGCAGGAAGAACAGACAAGCAAGAUCCUGAUGCAGUACCAAGCCCGCCUGGAGCAGAGUGAGAAGCGCCUGAGGCAGCAGCAGGUGGAGAAGGACUCACAGAUCAAGAGCAUCAUUGGCAGGCUGAUGCUGGUGGAGGAGGAGCUGCGUCGGGACCACCCCGCCAUGGCUGAGCCGCUGCCUGAACCCAAGAAGAGGCUGCUCGACGCUCAGCUUCUCAUCAGGUAAUUCUCCUGGUUCCGCUUUGACCACGGGCGGAGGACACUGGGGGAGGUGACUCCGGACCACUGCAGGUUGGUGGUGAAGCCCACCCCUCCCAACUCUCUGCAGCCUCUCCCCUCUCACUGCUGCCCACUACACCCAGAGACCCCCCACAGACCCCACCCUCCUGACACUUCCUGCACAGACAGAUCACUCCCCAAGGUACAGCCGGAGCGCACCUGUGGACAUGCCCACACCCUUUGACGCCUUAGCAGUACCAAAUGCGACUCUUCCAAAGACUGAGCACAUUUACAGGUUCCCUGGUUCUCUCCACACUGGCCGCACCAGCCACCUCCUGACACCGUCCUCCCUUUCCUCUACUACCCAGUGUCUGUCUGUCACCCCCCAUUUCACCAGAGCGUCCUUGGGAGUGGGGCUGUUGGUGUGGGUGCAACAGGGUGGAGGGAUAUUGGGUUGGGGCCAGGCUAGGGGGCUGUGCUGACUCCAUCAGGUAGGUGGGGUCUGCUCAUUCUUUCCUGAUUCCUACCUCUCUCCUCUCUCCCUGCACUUGUGAGGCAGAAGGCAGAAUGGGAGCAGGUAGUUAAUUCAGGAAGACACUAAGGGACCCUGGGAGAUGCUGCUGAGAUGUCCUGACAUGUCAACAAGGUGGAUGGCAUAUGACAGGCAGGAGUCCUGGACAGAUGUGGCCUGUUACAGAAGUGAGGAGAAACAGCUUCCUAGAAUGUAUUCAAGGGCUCAGCAGCCAUUUGUAGUCCAGGCAGGGACACUAGGAACAGCAUGUUAAAGAACCUCUCUUGUCAGAGCUUAAGUUCCUGAGUUGCUAAUGCCACUCAUUCCCCCUCUCUGGCAGCCCAGUAGCCUUUAGGACACAUAACCCUACUGAAAAGCCAGUAAAUGGGAAGCUAUCAGGCACACCUCAGUCCCGAGACACAUUCCUGUAGGACUCAUUUGUGGUGGGCAGUGGCUCCUCACAGUGUAAUUUAACUCUCCGAGUGCCCAGCCUCUCUGUCAAAGUAGUUAGUGAUCUGUAGACACUGAAAGACACCAGGGAACCUCACCAUUUAAAGGACUCCAGCAGUGAAUUCUUUUGUAAAAUGAAUAAUGGCAUCCUAAUUUAUCCAGUUUCUAAAUGUGGGUCCAUGGGGGCGUGGGGGCAUGCCAUGUGUCGUCAUGAGCAGACAAGCGGAGUGGAGGCGUCUGAGGUUCCUUCCCUGCUCUCCUCCCACUGCCUGCCCGUGAGAUCCCCAUAGCCAUGAGCGCAGCUUUGACUAAGGUUAUAUUCUGAGUGGCCCUGACCAGGUGAGUCUUUGGUUCUGGUAUAGAGGAAAGGUGACCUUGGAAGCCUUCAUUUCCUGUGUCCUUUGGAGAUAGGGUCAGAUAAAGGUAGCUCCACACUGCCCUACCUAAAGUCUUGUGGCAGACAGUAAUCUGUGGAUUUGUUACAAAUCAUUUGUAGGCUUUGGUCCCACUGCAGCCCAGCUAGCUAGAUGUUUAAAAGCCAACUAAGUAACCAUGAGUUUGGAGACCCAGGUGGUCUCCCAGCAGAGGCACAGAAGGGUGGGUUGAGGGCAGGAACCAGGAAAUGGGUCUCAGAGCCACCGAAUGUUCUGAAAAUAGGUACAGGGGUGGCACAGGGUCUGCUGCUCAAGCUGGAAGCCCACAGAGAGGAGCUGGAAAGGAAGGAGGGUGGGAAGGAGUGGAGCUGCUAUGUGACAUCUCUAAACCAGGGGUUCUCCAACUGUGGAGUGUAACCCCACAUGACCCCUUCACAGGGGUCACAUAUUUAUAAUUCAUAACAACAGCAAAAUUAGUUAUGAAGUAGCAAUGUUAAUAAUUUUAUGGUUGGGGGCCACCACACCAUAAGGAACUGUACUAAAGGGUCACAGUGUUAGGAAGGCUGAGAGCCACUGCUCUAGACCUUUCGGUCAUUCCUACUGGCGGCGUGAGAGGAGCUCCCGACAAGCUGUCCCUCCACACCACUUCCCUGAGCCCGCUCUAAUUUGGGAUGCUCUGUUUGAGAGGUCCACUCUGAGUAGCUGGCAGAACUGAGUGUCAGUUGUCUGUUUAGUGAAGUGCCUGUCUUCAGAACACAGUAAGUAGAACUCUAAACAAGGCCCUGCGCAGGCCCUCAGGGAGCACAGCUGAAGCUGUGUAGCCAGGGCCCCGCCCACAGACACAUUCCCAGGACUGCUCAGCUCACCAGUUCUUCUCAGAUAAAGGAAAACUCAACCCUGGUUUUGUUCAAAUUAUGAGCAAACUUGCAAAUCUGUAGGGGUUUGGACUAAUGAGGUUUUACUGUACUGCCUCCUCUGGAUCCU